AAUUCGCCUCCCGCGAGAGUGGGAGGAAAGCAAGCUACUAGCCGAAGCAGAGCCAGGGGUCAAAGGUCCUCUUGGCUAGUCUUUUUCUUGCCAAGUUAGCGUCACCGUCACGCACGCAGAGGCCAGAGGCCACCCAACAGGGUACAGCUGCUGAGGAGCUAGCUUAGCGUCGGGGAACCGAGGCAUGGGGAGGCCACCGUGCUGCGAGAAGGGUGGGGUGAAGAAGGGGCCCUGGACGCCGGAGGAGGACCUCGUUCUCGUCUCCUAUGUGCAGGACCACGGCCCCGGGAACUGGCGCGCCGUGCCCACGAACACCGGGCUUAUGCGCUGCAGCAAGAGCUGCCGGCUCCGGUGGACCAACCAUCUCCGCCCGGGCAUCAAGUGCGGCAACUUCAGCGACCAGGAAGAGAAGCUCAUCAUCCACCUGCAGGCGCUGCUCGGGAACAGGUGGGCCGCGAUCGCGUCGUACAUGCCGGAGCGCACAGACAACGACAUCAAGAACUACUGGAACACGCACCUCAAGAAAAAGUUCACUAGAACGGGCGCUGCUGGCGCCGAGGCGAGGAGCGGCAGAUGGGCCGCGCCCAGGGGACAGUGGGAACGGCGGCUGCAGACGGACAUCCACACCGCGCGCCAGGCACUCAGGGAGGCACUGUCGCUGGACCCCGCGCCUCUGUCCACAAAGCCCCCGGAGCAACUGCCGCAGCCGACGGCGCCCGCUAGCCAGGCGACGUCGUACGCUUCCAGCGCCGAGAACAUAGCACGCCUGCUGGAGGGCUGGUGGUCGAUGCACCCCGGCGCCGCGGGAAAGGUGUCGUCCGGGUCGAGGUCCUCCUCCGUCUCCGUCUCCGUGUUCUCGGACGACGAUGGCGUAAUAUCUGCGAGCAACAGCGGUGGCACAGCGGCAGCGCGCACGCCAGAGGCGUCGAUCAGGAUGACCAAGGCUGACGGCGAGGGCACCGCGGGGCCGGGGCCGGGGCCAUCGUUCUCAAUGCUGGAGAGCUGGCUGCUCGACGACGCCAUGGGACAUGGCGACACGGGGCUCGUCACCGUGCCGAUGGGCGACCCGUGCGACUUCUUUUAGACCGGAUCGGAGAGCCCGUGGCAAGUAUGGAGAAACAAAAUAAAAAGUUCAGUAAUAACUACUAGCAGGCUGGAAGUAGAAGUGAGUGGCCAGAAACUCAAAUCCCUGCUAAUCUAGAUGAAUGCAAUGCAAAGCUGGUGUUGAGUGUUGACCAAAACUUAAAGUUGACUAAUCCAGUUCCUUGCUUCUAUUUUUUUUUAGAAAAAAAUAAUCUCGGUUGUAGAGAAGUAGCACUAUAUGCGACGGCUGUCCACCUACCGACAAUCGGUACCUGUUUUUUCUGCCGCCAAAACGGUUCAACCAGAUGAGA